AUGGACGCCCACAUUCUGCGGUACGGCCAAAAGGUGAGGCUAGCGACUUAUUCUGCUUACAUAGAAGACAAUACGGUCGCUGUAUUGGAUUCAGGUAUUGGCUUUUACGAAAAAAAUGGACGUCACGGUAUCUUGAGUUGCGUGCCACCGCUUGGCCCCAAACUUCAGCAGCUUUUCACAGAGGAUGAGUUUCUUGUGUUACAUCCGAGUGAUCAACGAUCUCACGGGGAAAAUGUUCUUUACGGAGAGCCAUUGGUUCUUGUGAAUCAACACGGCAUGGUUUGGAACAAUAAGACGGGUGGCAUUACGGGCUAUGUGGGGCCGAGACCGCGCGGUGUACCUGGCGAAAUUUUUGUCUGUUUUACGAAGGUACCAGAGGGUGUCGGAGUGAUUAAAAGUAGCAAAAAGGACAAAGUAAACAAGGUAGAAAGAUCAACAAUCAGAGCGUCCUUUUCGGCAUCGUCAACAUCGGACAAAUUGUCAAUGUCGGAGUAUCCCGAGACAGAGUCGAGCCCAGUGUACUUUGGUGAUACAAACGUAGCUAUUACGGUAGUCGAGUCGAAUCGCCACUCACAAAUGUUCAACAAAAGGCUUAGCAAUUUUAAGAAGCCUACUAGUCGAAUUGUCGGGGGUUACAUUUGCUGCGAUGGCAGAGGCACAGAACUGAGGUUCUCCAUUUGGCCAACAAAACCCAAAAUUGAGCAAAUUUCUAUGCUCAAUAAGCUUAUUACGUCUUAUCAAUACGGACAGAAGAUUGCUUUGCCUUCUGCAUUGCUGAUGAGCAUGGCAAAAAGGACGGAUGACGCAAAUGUCGGUAUCAAAAAAAUGGCAGACAUUUUAUUUCGUUUGUCGAAUGGAGCGGAAGCAAUGCUUUCUGGUGCGGUUUUGCACUCAAAAGUACAGCAGCAUGCCAAGCCUCUUAGAUCAAAUCAAGAUGAACAUGAGUCAGUUUUUGAAUUGCCACUACGGAAUGGACCUGGCAUGCUCGUCGUCCAACUUACGGGAACUGCGCCGCUAACAGUGACCGAAAGUUUUACUGCAACAAAUGAAAGUCAUCGCUUGGUCCCGAAGGUCAAGAGCAGUACGGUGCUAUUCUACCGUGUGUCCGACGUUCUGCGGAGGGUGCCCGUUUCUAUCUUUGCAAUCUCUUACGCAGUGCUAACUCACUAUCUAUGGGGUGCUCUUAGCACAAUGGAAGACGGUUUCUGUCGUGAGCUCGUUGUGUUUGUGUUGGUGAUUCUUCCUGCUUUAUAUGCCGCAGUGAAGAUGGAUCACCCUUUCUCGGCGCUCUUUCAGCCACCAGUCCAUGAACCAGAAGUUGUUAAUGACAAUGACUAUUCAAGCCCUACUACCAACGGGACAUUAAAGCUUAUUGUGACUGAGUACCGCUUCGUUUCAGGUCCAUUGAAAGGAAGCUGCACCAAUGGAAGAAUUAGCCGGUUGAGUCUUUCGAAUGUAACAACAUCAACGAACGAACACUCCAUUACUGCCUUAGAAGCCACGGGUUCAGUCCCGAUGCGGUUUAUACUUGCUGAAAAGGGAGACGAAGCAAAAGCGUUGGAGCGAUACAACGAGACCACGGAGUGGCGACGCGCUCAAGGUGUGGACUUAUUGCUUGAGAAGCCUAGUCCUCAUUUCAACAUCAUCAAAGAGAAUUAUCCUCACUACUACCACAAACGCGGCAAGAAAGGUGAGCCUGUGUACUAUGAAAAGCCAGGAAUGAUCAACUUAAACGCUUUGAAGAAUGCUGGUCUCACACUAGACGAUCUCAUGCAUAACUACCUCGUGAUCACGGAGUUUUUGUGGCAAGUAAUUGAGCAGGAUGAUAACUGUAAGGGAAUUUCAGUUUUGGAUGUAGAAGGAAUCGGCAUUACCCAGAACGUUAAAGGGAUGGUAGACGACGUGACUCGUGAGAAGGUGAUUAUUGUGCGCGGAAAGAAGAAAAUUCUCGAGGCUCUGUCCGAACGCAUUCCGGUGGAGAAUAUUCCUGUUGAAUAUGGUGGAACGAGCAAUGGCACGUCUGAAGAGGAGGAUCUGCUGUUUAAACUUAUGGCGCACGUGAAUAGUGUGGAAGGAACUUCCGAUACUAACCCCAUCGAAGACAUUCUGAAACGAAAGCCGAUUAAGCAUUGA